ACAAAAAGUACAGAUGAAGAGUUUUCCAUCAAGAAAUCAGAUGAAGACAAACUUGUUUAUGGUCAGGAUGAAAAUGAAGAAAGGGGAAACUGGUCUGGGAAGUUCGAUUUCAUUCUGUCCAUGAUAGGCUAUGCUGUAGGGUUAGGAAAUAUAUGGAG